CGUUCACCCACACUGUUCUAUUCAAGAUGUCGGCGUUGUCGAUGUUCCCCAUGUGUGUUCGUGCGGGUAGAGGCCUCCUGCGGCUCAGGGAUGGGGACAGAGGGUUUUUUACCCCCGCACUGGCGGCGUUCAUUCGGGCACUGUCCACCGAUAAGCCGCAAACAGGAGAGAGCAUUGACAGUGCUUCAGGUGGACUCGCUCAAGCAAUCUUGCAAGAAAGGCUUCAGCAACAGAAGAGUCAGGGUAAACCUCCUCCAGAGGGCGAUGGGGGCGGGGACUCGGAGCAGACGCAGGACAAGGCGGAUGACAAAAAGCAAAAGGAGAACACCGCCUAUGCUAAGAAGAUGGUGAUACGGUUAGCGGGCCUGAUGGGCAUAGGAGGUGCGGUCAGCAUGGUGUACAUAUUUGGUAGCAAUUCAGUGGAUGAACAUGGAAACACGAUUCCAGAUGGGUUUGACAAAGACGCUCCGGUUAUCCAGCAGUUGAGAAGGACGUUUAAGUAUUUCAAAGACUACAGACAGAUGAUCAUCGAGCCCACCAGUCCCAAGCUGCUUCCUGACCCCCUGAGGGAGCCCUACUAUCAGCCCCCCUACACCCUGGUCCUGGAGCUGACCGACGUCCUGCUACACCCCGAGUGGUCGCUGGCUACAGGCUGGCGCUUCAAGAAGAGGCCAGGUAUCGACUACCUGUUCCAACAGCUCGCACCGCUCUAUGAGAUUGUCAUCUUCACUGCAGAAACAGGCAUGACGGCGUACCCUCUGAUUGACAGCAUCGACCCCCAAGGCUUUGUCAUGUACCGACUCUUCAGGGACGCCACGCGCUACAUGGAGGGACAUCACGUCAAGGACGUGUCCUGUCUGAACCGGGACACCUCCAAGGUCAUAGUGGUGGACUGUAAGAGGGAAGCCUUCAGCCUCCAACCCUUCAACGGCAUGGCUCUGAGAAAGUGGGACGGCAAUUCCGAGGACCGAACACUCUAUGAUCUGGCUCAUUUCCUCAAGACCAUUGCUCUCAGUGGAGUGGAUGAUGUCCGGUCUGUCCUGGAGAACUACGCCCUAGAAGAGGACCCCAUUGAGGCCUUCAAACGCAGACAAGCCCAACUGGCUCAGGAGGAGGAGCAGAGGUUGGCAGACCUGGCACAGCAGAAGAAGCAGGGCAUCUCAUUGGGCUCCAUCGCUGGACGGUUCUGGCGCUCUAAACAACAGUGAGUGUCCCUCUCACCGGCACCCACCAAUCGCUGCCCACCCCUCCAGUGUCCGGCCAAUAGGACGGCGGGCCGCAGUCAUUCGGCGGGGGCGUGGCGCGUGGGGUGAAGGGACAAGUUGGGGACACCGUCCGAUCAGCUGCUAUUCGACUGUCACAACCCGGGGGGGUGGGGUGGGGGGGGUGCGGGGGCUCGGAAGGUGUGAGGCUCCAGAAGACCAUUAUGGCACCUCCGUUGCCAGUUAAGACACUUCCUGGAUCUCGUACUCUGUCGUAAGCAGCACACGACCCCUCUGUUGUUACUGACGUGCAAGGUACUGCGUGGUUCGACAUGAUUCAUCGACCAUUUCAGUCCACGUUCAUCCUCUUCUACUCACCGGCCGGUCACACAAGGAACUGACUCCAGAACAGUGCUCUUAUCUGCAAUGCUCUGCACUUGGACCUGGUGCUCUGUAAUGAUGAUUGACUUUGAUCAGCUAUGUGCUGCAGUUUUCUCAUGAUGUUCUUUUUUUUUUUUUGAUAGAUCUAUAACAGAUUGGGCUGGUGAGGAGUUAGGACAUUGAUAAUAUUAUUGUUAUUAGAUGUGUUGCGCUCGUAACCUUGAAGUUUAUCUCCACCAAUGACAAGUCGUAGCUUGGAUGGGCUCUUGUCAUGCCCAUUGUUCCGUAUCCAAGUUUGCUACAGUUUGCACUGGUGGAAUGAGUGGGAGGAACCAGUCAAGCUAAUGCGGACCAUGGGAAAUUGGACCGGUGCCAUUCACGCCAAGUGGGUCUUUGUAUUCUGAAUUUGUGCUUGCUAAACGUUCUGUGAGAAUCUGUUGGUGUGAACCACUCAUCCCAAAUAAAGUAAAAAAAUAAAAAAGACCCAUUAAAUCUAGCAUAUUGUUUGAUUUGACACCGCUGAACACAAAUCAUGUUUCAAUGGCAGCAUGUUGCAUCUCUAAAUCUCUUGUCUAAAUGUAUUUAUAAAACUGUUCUCAGACCUUUUCCUUGAUUUAUUAAAUCGGUCUUCUGAUCAAUGUCGA